AUGCCGUCUGCGUAUUACUCUAGGCCCCAUCCUCCCCAUUCCCCCCCUCCCCCUCCCCAGGGGGCCGGUGGCCUUCGGCCCCCAGGGCCGGGGGCUGGGCGACCGCGGAUCCGUGCUAUGGCGAUGGCCAGCGCGUACACUGGUGUGUGGUGGGCCAGCGAGGACAAGGUCUACACCGUAUACGAGGACCUGACCGCGCCUGGGGAGUGGAGGCGCGGCGUCCUCGACGCGCCCGGGGUGGGGCCCAGCACGCCGCUCGCAGCAGCGGGACGCCCUGGGUACCUCUCCGUGUGGUGGGCGGGCGAGGGCGCGGUCAUGCGCAAGCACUGGGGGCACCACAACGACUGGGAGCCGCAGGACGACUGGGUCCCCACGCCCGUGCCGGUGUCGCCUGGCACGCGCCUCUACGGCCUGAGCAGGCCCGGGGAGCACGACGGGGUGGUGUGGGCCGGUGACGGCGAGGUCCACCACCUCUACCACGACAGCCUGGCGUGGGACGCCUUCCGCCACGAGGUGUUCCCGCAGGCCGGCGUCGCACGCGACACGCCGCUGGCCGCGUGCGGCCGUGCGGGCUGGCUGGGGGUCUUCUGGGCCCAGGAGAGGAGCGGGUGCACCUGCUGGAGUGGGGCGUCCAUAACGACUGGGUCCCGACUCACGUUCCUCUGGCGCCCGAGGUGCGGAUUUUGCCAGGCAUGCCGUUGUACGCGAUGUGCCGAGACGGGGAAUAUUCAGGCGUCGUCUGGACGGGCUUCGGGCAGACCCACCAUCUCUACCAGGAUUUUGGCAGGAGGAAGACGAGGAGGUGGUGCGCGACCCAGGCGAGCCUGGCCCGCCGGCGAUGGACUUCUCGGCGCUCACGGGCGCUCCGGGCGAGGGCCCCGCGGAGCUCCGCGAGCUCGCAGGCAGGUGGGCGCCACCGACGCUCGCGUCGGUCGUCGUGCUGGCGGUGGGCCUGUGGCGUCGCUCGCGCCGGCGAGCGACUCCGCAGUCAGGCCUAUUCAAGCUAGGGUGGCAGUCAGACCCCGGAUACCUCACCGCCCAGUUGCCAAAGCAGAGAAUGGAGGCGGGCGUUUCCGGGGCCGACUCCGAGCACAAGCCCCCCUCCCUCGCGAGCAGCCCCGACCCCGACGCCCUCUUCGACCGGCUGGUGUCCUGGCUCGACCACGAGAUCAAGCUGCGGCUGCUCCACAUCGACCACAAGCUGGACGAGGUGGUGCUCGCCUCCCGCGGCCGCGGCGCGCCCGCGGCGGCGGGCCGCCACGCCGUGCGCUCCCCGCGGGGCGUCGUCACCGCGGGCGUGGCGCUCCGGGCCUCCCCGCGGGGGCCCGUGCUGCGGGCCGUGCCCGACGACUCGCCGCCGGCCUCCCCGCUCUCCUCCGCGCGCCUCGGGCUCCGCCUGCCGAUGUGGCCCGCGCGGCUCGAGGACGGCCACGGCAGCGCCCGGAGCGGCGCGCGCGAGGCGGUGCACGGCUCCGGGGGGCGGCGCGGCAUCUGGGUGCCGCCGCUGUGCCUGGGGCCCCGCGGGGACACGCCCGCGGAGGCCCUGCCCGGCGACUGCCUCUCCAUCGCGAGCGGCGUGGACGGCAUGUCGAUCGCCAGCGUGGCCUCGAGGGCGCAGGCGCUGCAGGGCGACGGCGGGCCGCUCUCCGUGCGCAGCGGCGUCUCCACGGCGCGGGGGGCGGAGGCGGCGGCAGUGCCCGCGACCCCCGUGUUCGGCCACACCAGCGUCGGCGGCAGCCCGGAGCCCAGAGCCAGCCCGAGGGCCCAGCGGGGGGUGACCUGGACGCCCUCGGCGGGGAGCGGCUGCCCGGAGGCGCCCGAGGCGCCGGAGGAGCCCGCCGCCGCGGGCAGCGACGCGAGCGACCACGCCCCGAGCGAGCAGCAGAAGGAGCCGGGCUCAGACGAGGAGCUGGGGGCGGAGGUCUCGCUGGUCCCACCGGUGGAGCUGGUGGCCCGCAGCGACCAUCACCUACAGGAUCCGAGCACGCCCAUGGCAAUAAGAAGUUCAUUGGCCGGCUGAACGGGCUGGACGCUCGCUGCAAGGAGGAGCCGACGAGACAGGUUUCGGAGGACUCGGAGCUGAGGCCCUCGAAGAGUUCAGUGGCGAGUUCGGCAGCUUCGUCUAGAGCUUAUCCACCAAAGGAUCUCUCGAGCCAGGCGCACGAGCAGGGCACGAGCGUGAUCACCACAACCGGCAACCCUUCCGCCCUGGAGGCGCACUUCUCGGGGUACCUGCCAGCCGUGCCUGCGCCGAGGCCCUCGUUGAGAAAUGCCGGGAGCGAUGCCAGUUACGCCCAAAGACACAGGCGUUCUACUGCUUCUUCUCCUCAGAGCGGUGGAAGGCGCAGCAUAGCCUCGGUGGCGCUGAACGCUUGGGAAAUGCUACCCGCCCCAGCCAGGAGCGAGUUGGCGCACACGGUGUGGAAGAUCCUAGACGACGGAGAGUCUAGCCUCGUGGCAAAGGGCUACGAGCGGGUCAUGCAGGGUUUCAUUAUGCUCUCCAUGAUCACGGGCAUGCUGCAGUCACUGAAGAAGCAGCCCUUGCAGGGCAUGACUGGUGUUUGGGUGGAGUCCAGCAUCGACAUGAUAUUCACCCUGGAGAUCGUGCUCCGCUUUGUGGUCUGCCCGAACCGACUGAUGUUUUUCUUCGGCUUCUACAAUUACAUCGACAUAGCAUCUGGAAUCCCCCUCUUGCUCCGCAUCUGGAUUGGCUUUCAACCAGCUCGUACGGAGGAGUGCGUUGGUUCGCCAGAGUCGGAUAUGUCUUGCGUGCACAGCCUUCUCAUCGCGGCGGUCCCGUUUCUGAGGCUGGCCAAGAUGCUGCGGCGCUUCCUCAAGUUGCACCUCUUGCUCAAGGCAUUCCGCAUGGCCCUGGAAGCCCUGCCCGUGUUGAUCUUCAUAUACUGCCUCAUGUUGUUGGGCUUCUCCGGGAUCCUCUUCAUCGUGGAGCGGCGAGACAACCUCGACACGUACUACUACAGCAUGUGGAUGACCAUCGUCUCGAUGACGACCUUGGGCUACGGCGACGUUUAUCCAAAGACCGAUCAGGGCAGGGUCGUGAUCGGCGUGCUGGUUUUCUGCACGAUGUUCUACACAGCCAUCCCGCUUGGCAUCAUAGGUAAUGCGUUCAACGACGUGUGGAAGGACAGAGACCGCGUUCUUCUCAUGCAGAGGGCCCGCAACGGCAUGAGGCAAGCAGGCUAUUCUGCUAAGGACGUCGGGAAGCUCUUCCGCAUUUUCGACAAGGACAGGGACGGGAUGCUGAACCCGAAGGAGUUUAACUGGAUGAUUGAGGGCAUGCGACUGGGCCUGACAACGGAGCGCGUGUACGAGCUGUACGAGCUCUUCGACGGCGACGGCAGCGGGGGCAUCGACGAGCAAGAGUUCGUCAAGGGCUUGUUUCCUGAGCGCUACCAUGACCUCUACGGAGAGAUGGAGGACACGCACGAGCAUUCGAGAUAUUUUGGCUCGAAAUCGUCGAAGGGGCAUCGUUGA